AGUUAAAAGAUUGCACGAUGUUGCCAUUUUGAGAUGCUUCUGCAAUUGCGUGACCAAAUCGUUGGUAAAAUGUAUAUGAAUGAUUUCCAUUGUUGAAUUUGGAUCAAUUGAUUCAUCAAGAUAACAAUAACUCGGUUUGUAGGUGAACAUUAGUUGUAGAUUGAUAGAAAUAUAAGGGCAUUCAUGAUUCCUUUUUGUGUUUUGCCUCACUCCCCUUGGGUAUUUGAAAUUAUCCAGACUGCUGUGCCUUUUGAAGAGGUUUUCUGGGACUAGGAUAAACAAAGGAUUGUUGGUGAUUCACCACUUGGUUUUAGAUUUUAGAUGUAGUGUGCUAAUUUAAACAUGAGCUUCUGUCACGGGCUAGAUUUGAACCUAGCAGCCCUACGGCAUUUGGAACCACGGCAUGAACUAUGCGCCUAAGUCAGCCUUCGUCCUUGGAUACUCAAGGUCUCGAAAACGUUCCUUGGCUUGGAUGAAAUCGGAUAGAUUGAGUCGGCAGAAAUAAAGAGGUAGAAUAUUGAGAGAAAAAAGGACAAGAAAGAGUUUGAACCCCAAUGCUUAUGUUAAUCUUUGAUUGCAUAAGAAAAUCUGUGUGACAAUUGAGGUUGGGAGAGCCUCUAUUUAUACUAAAGUCCCUAAAGCCUAUCCACAAGACAAAAAUCCUAAAAUAACUCAAAGUAUUCCUUCUUAUAAUGUGGAGUCUCAACUUAAAGUCUUAUCUUGAUUCCCGAAUCCUAACUUGAUUAGCUUUCUAUUUACUUUUUGACUUGGGUCUUUCGGAUGUGAUCCAUCUUGGAUGGCAGCAAGUGUAACUCGAAUUGUAGUCUUGGUGUGUUGCUCGAUACUCUUCGGGCACCUAGGAUUGUCUUGACCUCGGACCUUGACUCGCUGCCCGUGACGCUUCUGGUUAGUGGACUGGAACAAAAUAAAGUUGUAUCUCCAUAGAGAUGCUAUAGCUAACAAGGUGAUGCUCAACUUUCAUAUCCUUCGGAAUUUGAUCUGCUGUGUUAAUUCUGGUUAAGUCCCUUCUAUGUUAAUGUUUCUCUAAUUAGCUUUUUAUAUUUAUUCAUGUUCUAAUCUUCUUUUUGCUUCUAAAUUAGGUGGAAUAAGACAAAAGCUAGCAUCAUUGGUUGCUUUCAUCUCUAUCACCAUUUUGCCUUCUCCGUUCAUAAAGUUUGUCUGAGGUUGGAGAUGACUUGUUUUUCUUCUCUCUCUCUUUAUUUUGGCUUGGCAAAUGCAAGUGCUAUAGUUGGGCUGUCCUAUCAUUGCUUGAAAUCCCGACACAGUUUUCGAUAUUUAAGAUUAUAUAAUAUAUAUUUAUAAACAGCUCUUAAAUAGUUACUAGAAAAAGCAAAAUCCUUUUCAAAUUUGUACAGUACUGACCGCCAUUGUUUGGUAGUAUGUCUCAGUUUUCACCGUGACUUCAGGUACAAGUAAAACUUGUAAGUAACUCCAAAGGAACUAUCUUAUGGAAAAAUGACAAAAGAUGCUUCACUUUCAAGGGAGUUUUUUUAGUCCUAGAUGAUGACCAUUGGACGGCAAUCUCAAGCUGAAAACUGGGAUUUUCGUUGUCAUUUGUUGGCUUGUCUUAGCCCAGGUUUUUCUGCUUUUUAACUUGGCCUUCACCCCAAAGUAUAGAAAUAUAGAAUCCCAGUAUUUUCAGUAAGCUGUAAGGCCACUAUCAGUUCAAUCAGGUCAACUUCAACAUCAAAAUAAUAAUAAUAAAACAAGUACAAGUCUUAUAACAAUCAAUGUUGUAUAAGAAUAUGCAUAAUAUAAAGUUGGUAUCUUGGGGAUCAAUUUGCCACGUCCAGUUCUCCAACCAUGAGUGCCUUUUAUCAAGAACAGCGGUCUCAUCAUUCUAAGAGAUGCAUGUUUCUGGCUUCACUUCUCAAGGAAGCAUUUUCCCGUUGCCAUAGUUUCAAUGGACGGCUUUCGAUUUCAGGUUGUGAUGAUGAACACUCGACGAGUGACAUGGAAGAUGAAUCCGAAGUAGUUGUUUCGGAAAUCCGAAGUCGAGCAAUGGAGAAGAUGAAGAAAAGGCCAAGUCUAAUGGCGGAAAGCUUUUCAUGGGUGUUAUCUCCAUCGACGGGAGAGCUUUAUAUAAGCUUAAAGCAUGCCAAAAUAAGAGACGAUGAUAAUGAAGACGACGAAUUCUUUUCCGUAGGGAGCUGUUUCCCACUGUGUUCGAGUGGUGCAAGCAGAGAAGUAUUUAUGUCGACCAAGUCGAACUUUUCCCAUUGUUCAAGCUUAAACAAGGUCGAUUUCACGGAGAUUUGGAAUUUCGAUUUGGAGGAUUUUCGAAGACGAUCAAUCAUUAGGGAAUUCUGUCAUUGUGAAGGGUGGCCAUUUGGGCUAUGUAGGAAGGCUGUGUUGCUCCCACCUUUGCCUAAAUCUCCUUCAGAGUCUUGGUCUUGGCAUAAAGGCACCAGAUUAGCUAAGACGCCGUAUAUUUAAGCACAAAAUCUACCUUUACACACUUUACUUGGAUUGUUUUGGCAAUAGAAAUUCCUUCUUCUCCCAAGUCCAGCUACCAGUCAAAACAUGAAGAAGGUAA